GGUCCCUCCCUCAGAAGCUGUGCUAAAGUAACAGCUGAUGUCAGUCCUGCUUAAAGACACACACACACACACACACACACACACAGACCAUACAACCUGUCUACCAUUAGGCAGCAGGGCACAGCAGAGAGCCAGCCAAAGGAGAGGAGGGCUCCUACACCUUCCUCUCCCCACGCUCACAAAUCCACAAUCCAAGGCUUGAAUCCCAAGUUGCGGCAGGCAGAGGAGGGGAGGGCAGUUAUCUAAGGCUCUCAGCACCCCCAUGUGCCUGGUUGGAUCAUGGAGCUGCACUGCCUUCCUACUGAGACCCCCACCACAGCCAGCUCCAGCUCCACGGACCCCCUGUAUGACAACUGCCCACCUUUUGCCCAGCGAGGGAGGGCCAGGGAAAAGGAAAUGGAGAGCAGGGUUGUGUGCCCGGCUGUAACCAGACUCCCAGGGCCCUGCAGCAGCCCUCUGUCUGGUCUGGCCCCAGCUGUGGCUAAGGUUCCCACACUGGUCGGAGGGGGAAGAGGGACUGGCGUCUGGCCAGAUCACAGCUACUGCAGCUGGAGAGGAGGCCUGGGAAGACAGGGCUGGGAAGCAGUGCUGGAUCCAGGCAUAAACAGAGCAAGAGGAGGAGAACAGGGAGGCAGCUGCGGAGUUAAGGACAGAGCUCAUUUGAACCAGAGCCCCAAUCCAUCACAGAGCAAGGAGCACAGGAGUGCUCUCUCUCUGUACGAUAACCUCCCUGACGCAGUCACACCUGACAGCCUCCAAGAGGUCUUUGACAUGGAAACAAGCUUCCAGGAGCACUUGCAGGAGCAGAUGUACCAAGCAUGGGCCCCUGAGCAGAUGCAGGGACUGAUGGACCGCAAGGGAGUGAGCGAAGACAAGAGUCCCUGGUCCUCCUGUGAGAUCAUCCUUGCUGAAAGUGGUUCCAGUAACCAGGACCAGAAUCCAGACCAAGACAAGAAGCAUGAACAGGAGCCAGAGCUGGACUCAGGAUCCUGUGGAUUUAAGCAGGGGGACCCGAUGCUGCAUCUCUGGCUCCCGAUGUCACCUCCUCAACAACAUCUUAUAGCGAGUUCCCCUCAGCCGUCCCAAACUGAGUGCCAGGUUCUGUGGCCCCCAGCUGUAGCCCAUCACCCAGAGCAGCCAUCCUGGUCUCCCAGGGUGCCCCCUCCCGUACCCCUGGCAGACCCCUCCGCCAGUGCCCUUCGCAGCCUCCUCACUAGCCUCCAACAGCAAAUAGUCAGACAGAGGGAGGAGUACGAGGCACGAAUAAUCAGCCUGGAGCAAAGAAAUGAAGAGCUGCAGGUAGAGGUUGUUCGGUUGAAAACAAACCUCGCACAGCAACGGCACUGGUACCAGGCUGUCCAGGCUAAGAUUGUAGAGACUGAAAGGGCCCGGGCUGCUGCAGAACUACACAAUGCAACUCUGCAGAGGGAGAUGGAGCAGUUCUUUGACACCUUCGGAGAGCUCAACAAUGAAGCCAAGAAGACAGAAUGUAUUGUCAAGAGCUUUUGAGAAAAAAAUACAUGGGUUGUGUGUGAUGAUAUGAACAGUGUGUGUAAAGCGAAGGACAAAACAAGGCACAAGACUGGCUAGUCUUUAAACUCUAGUUAGGAUCUCGUAUAGUAGUUUGUCACCAUCUAUGUACAAUAUUUCCUUCGCUAAUUGGGAAAGGUUUACGUGAUAUACAGUUAUCAGUUAGUUAUUUUUAUUAAGAAUCUGAGAAAUAUACAAAACAACAUCACUGAAAGAAAAUGAAUCACUGAUGUCCACUUUAUUAGUUACGUAAGGGCAAAAGAUGUUGGCCAAGUGAUUAUAUUGUGGUCAUUGCAAUCACACAGGACAUCUCUGAAAAUAAAAAGAGAAACAAAAUGAACAAAAAUGUGAGCUGUACAGUGUAUACAAUGAAGGUUUUUUUUUUUUUUAAGAAAAUGGUAAA